AUGCAAGCGUUAGAGGACUUCAUGGAAUUCACCGAUGAAGAAAAGCGACUAACCAAGUUGAUUGGCUAUGUUCGCGCUGCGAAUGCGAGAUGGACAUUUGGUGAAGUCGCUCCGUUCGAUUACGAUGCAUUCAUGUCAGCGUCUCAGGAAGUGAGCGAGCCGAAGGAAUUGGUGCAGGUCCACAAAUCCACAUACUAUAGCGGGAGAUAUCAUUAA